AGAAAUUAAUUUUUGGGGAAUUGUGGGAGAGAAGAUGAUAAGGGAGCAGCAGAGAAAGUAAGGGUGGGUGGACAGAACAGAACCGAACAAAGCAUAACUGAAUGGCUACCUCUGUAUCACUUCCUUGCUUCUCUCAUAAUGUUAAGUUACAACUGCAAAGAAGGAGAAUAUCCACCGUUUCCUCUGCACUGGCUGAGACUGCAGCUUCAAUGGCAGUAGCUGUAACUUUCGUCGGUGCAGCAGCUACUCUUAUCGUAAAGAGAUCCAAAACUUCUGAGCCAGCACAGAUUCAAUCGAAAGCAUGUGAAGAUUGUGGAGGUUCUGGUAUAUGUUCUGAAUGCAAUGGUGAAGGGUUCGUUCUUAGGAAACGUUCUGGUGAAAGUUCUGAUCAGGCAAGAGUGCAAGCCAAGAAUAUGGCGACUCGAUUCACAGAUCGGCUUCCAAAGAAGUGGAGCUAUUGUACAAAAUGUUCUUCUGGUAGAUCCUGUUCAACCUGUGGUGGCAGUGGAAAACUAAGUUACUAGUUUAGAACUACAUGCUAUCAACCUAGCUCGUCAGUACUACCGUUAACACACAUACUCGUGUUAAAAGUCCUAUGUCAACAAGAGAUAAAGCCAUAUGUGGGGUCUUGAUAGAAUAGAAUUUGAGUUGAACUAACAUGCAUAUUUAUAUACUCCUCUUGCAAAUUGAUGGAUGGCCAUUCAGAUUAUUUGUAGCAUGAUAAAAAAUCUAUGCUUUAUCUCAGGGGAGAGUAUUGACAUGUAUGGUUAAGAAAACAUGGUUUUAGUACACACACAACCUUGAAAAAAAAGUUGUGAAUCUACCGAGAGAAAUAAAGAUGGAGAAUACGAGUAUUUAAAGAUGAGAAUUCAUAUAUGAAAAUCUAUUUCUUUUAAACA